CCCUCACCACUAAUAAUUUGAUUUGUUCUUUCUUUGUCAAUUAGGGGUGUAGUCAGUGAAAAGGCCCAAUGCCACGGCUUAUUUGAGGAACUGAAUACCAUGCUGCAGAGAUCCAGCUACUGUGUGACAGAAGCCGGAGCUGAAGCACCACAGGCCGCCACAGACCCUGGCCAAGAGGAGGAAGCUACUACCAGUACCAGUGUUGAUCAGCCACAAAGUUCUCAGAGCUGUAAGAAAGUGGCUUCCAAGACUCCGAAAGGCAGCAGGAGCAAAGGCAAACAACCAUCUAGAAAAAAGUCUGGUUGGAUUCCACCGUUUCGCAGUUAUGAAGACUUCAUUCAAGUAGCACUGCAGUCAUUAGAUGGUACUAUGUUAAUACUGACCACAAAUGGAGUGAUAGUUUUUGUGGAUAAAAGCAUCUUUUAUCUCCUUGGCCAUUUACCAGGUGAUGUUAUAGGGAGAACUUUAUUGAGCUUUCUGCCUGAUGGAGAAAAAAGCAGAGUCUACAGAAGGAUUUCUCUCAGACUUCCUUUGCCAAAUUUAGUGGGAGAACAUAUUGAGUUUUGCUGUCAUAUACAAAGAGGAAAUGUUGAAAAUAGCAGUGACUCUAAUUACGAAUUUGUGAAAAUCUUCUUGAAUGUCAUCGACAUUGCUAAUGAGCCUCAGGUACUCUUCGCAAGCUUCUUUCCCAGUCACUGUGUUGAGCCGGCUGUUGAAAAUCUGCCUCUGGAGGAUCGGUUUUAUCUUGUGGGGACCAUGUGUGUUCUCAAGUCCCAGAUGCUACAAGAAAUGUUCACUUCAGCAGAGCCCAGUGGAGAGUCCACACAGAAAAAGAGGAAGAGCACUUUCUCAGAAAGCAGCAGCAGCACUCGCAGAAAGGACAGCCGUGCUAAAAUGGAAGCCAUACGUCUUAACCUGGCUGCUGCCGUCUCACAGGAUCAAGUUACUUCUGAGGACCGCAGGCUGCUUGAGUUGCAGGGAUCUGCGGAUAUAGUCAAGAUGAGGUUUGAAAGGUCUGAAAUGAAGUCUGAUUCAAAUUCAGACUCUAGCGGAGCUUCUCUGGAAACCACAUCUACCUGGCCAGCUCUACCCCGUGUGCAACAUUUUGGUGGCACUUCUGGCCCCGAGAUACAGUGGGACAACCAAAGCCAGGUAUGUGAGGUGGGCAGCCUGGAAGAUGAAGAAGCCCUGAAAGUAGUGGAAGCCUCAGAAGAUGUGCUACUAGCAGAAGAGGUGGAAACACGAGAAGAGGUGGAGCCAAAGGAAAAGGCACAACUACAAGGAAACAUGCAACUCCAGGAAGUAGGACAACCACUAGAAGAAAUGCAGACUCAAGAAGACAUCCCCACACAGGGAGAGAUGGAGAAACAAGAAGAAAUGCAAACACUGGAGGAAAUGCAGACACAGGAAGAGUUUCAAACACAGGGAUAUAUUCAGAGACAGGGAGAGAUGCAGACACAGGGGCCCAUCCAGACGUGGGGAGCUGCAGAGCAGGUCAGGAGACCCCCCGGUGUGCCUGCUGAGCUGCCCUUGGCUAUCACAUGGUCCAUCGCUGCCUGUGAGAUGGCACUGAUGAAGCAGCUAGAAGAGUACAGGAAUCAGCAGACUAGCCUCAGAUACCGACAGUGGUCACAUGGAGAGAAGCAGCCACAACAGGAGCAGCCAAACUCCUCCUCCAGUGACAAGAGCCCUGAGCUCCCGAAGUUGGAUCCCGUGCCCAGGAAAUCGCGGCUUGGGAAAACAAAGAAGAGCUUCUCCAGUGUCUGGGUGGCCAAGCGUUUCCGUGCCUCUUCACCCUAUAGUCCGAGGUCUCCCGAAGAGUCUGAGGAACCUUGCAAAUCCUCCACUGAGCUGCCAGCUCUUGAGGCGGGACCCCAGCGCCCUCCCAGUCCAGAGACAUCCCAAAACCCUGCUGAGCUGCCUGAGGAGCUGGACAAGCCAGCAUACAUGGAGGAGGAGGAGGAGGAGGGCCAGCCCCCUGCUGAGCCGUGAGAGCCAGGGGAGAGGCUGCGACCAGGAGACUUCAGACGUCUAUGUCCCCUGGAGCCCUUGUGGGGGGAGAGGGUAACUUCUGUUUUCUGGCAAGUUCUUUUUCUGUUAUUAGUUGAGCGGGGUCAGUUUGUUAGCAGAGACCCCUUCUACGGGGCUGAGUGGGUUGCGGGGUCCCAUGUCCCCAGGCGGCUGCUGCGCAGUGUUUUCGUGCGCCCUAUUUUCCCGCCUGCUGAGACACUCUUUGGGCUACGGCCACGGCAUUCCCAGGGGGCUCCUUGUUGAGCAGAGCCAUGUGGCCUUCACAUUGUUGUUGGGGAACCCCCGGAAGACACCCGGGGGCAGGGGAGGGAAACAUGAAAUGGGUCAGCAGA